AUGAUAGCUUACCGAGGAGGUAAAGAAGGUCAGUAAUUUGGAGUUAUUCUCAUGUUCCACCAUUUUACCUUUCGAAAAAAUAAAUCAAAAUUUGCUUUUUUUUUAUUGAUCACUCCUGUGCUUUUCAAAGUAUAAAAUUCAAAAUUAUCAUUUUUCACGACCAAAAAAUCUGAAAAUCGUGUAACUCCUUCCAAGUUUUUCCACACUAUAAAAAAGUUGUUUUCAUUUGAAAAAAAAAUGAUGAACUUCUUCAAAAAAGCUGUUUUUUGAAAAACUUUCAAAUUAUCACCCUUCUUUAUCAUUUCGCUUGGUUGUGGCAUUUGAAUUUGCCAUGCUAGAAGAAUCAGUUGGGUCAGAGGGUUUUUUUAAUGUUUUUUUCAAUUUUUUUAAAAAAAUUAUUUAGUUUAUUUUUAGUGAAUUUCAAGAUGUUAAAGGCUGAAGAGUACACAAUUCUCCAUAAUAUGAAAAAUUUUUCAAGUCUGUUUUUUUCAAAAAAAUCGACAUUAUAGACGCGUGGGACUAAUUAUUAGAUGAACUAUUUUUAAAACACAUUAUAUAGUCAAUGUUUCCCGACUUGAGAGGCGAAGGAGGCGGGACGCGUAGCGUGUGCGUUCGCGGUUAUUGGCACGAGUUAAAUUCAAUUGUCGCCGACUGUUUGAAAAGCUCUUUUUCAAUGUUUUCUACUAUUUUUGAUGCACACCUGAACAUAGUCAAUAAAUAAUUGAAAAAUAAAUGAAAAGAGCGAUAAACGAGCUCUAAAUAGCUGGUGGUGGUUGAAUUGAACUCGUGCCAAGAACCGCACACGCUACGCGUCCCGCCCCCUGCCCCGCCUCCUUCGCCUUUCAAGUCGGGAAACAUUGACUAUAAACAAUAAACCAUGAAGAAAAACUUUUGAUUUGAUUAUCUCCGGCGGAAAAGACAGCCUCGAGUCUGUUAGGAAUCACCUUACUCAGAGCUGCUGAUGGGGUUUCCCAUUGUAGACCCGCCCCGCUGAAAAGUUGAAAUGAAGUAUGAGGGAAAAAAUCCGCACAGAAACGUUUUUUUUUUUCGUAAUUCUUUUUGUUUUCGAAUACUCAUACCUGCGACCAGAGGUGGAGGAUUGGGAUGGCAGCCCUUGGCUUGGCGGCCAAGCCAAGCCAUUGGGCCAAGCGAUAGAAAUGAUUCAUUGGGUUACUAUUGAAAAAGUCAUUUCUGCUUUUGGGCGUUUAUGGCUUGGCAGGCAGGGCGGCCAGUGGGCAGCCAUCCUCCACCUCUGCCUCCGACUAUCUAUCACUGAAGUUGGACCCAUAUCUGCGAUGCUCGCCUCAUACACUUCUUUCGUUAGACACAAAAAUGCUUCUAUAGACGAGAAAUUCGAUUCUUCUCAUGACCCAGGUUAAUGCUGCCGCAUGCGCCUUUAAUACUCUUUGUUGUUCACGCUCAUAUAUCUCCGUCCCCUAAUUUUAGUUUUGCAAUUUCUACCACUAGCAAAAACGCCGUGCCGCGAACAUCACUUUAGAGAGCAUGCAAAACUUGAAGAAACCAGACUCGUACUCCUUGUUUUACUCUGUCUGAAGACCUGGCUUACCGUUUUUCUUCUGAGUUUGUACACUUUUUUUGUGCAAACGGUAUCGAAACCGGUUCCGCACUAAAAACGUGUGAAAGACGAGGGAGGCAGAGAAAUGGGCGGGACGCGCAGCGUGCGCGUCUGCGGCUCUUGGCACGAGUUCAAUUCAACCGCCAUCAGUUAUUUAGAGCUCGUUUAUCGUUUUUUUCAUUUUUUUUUCAAUCAUUUAUUGUUUUUUUUUGGGGCGCGCCUUAGCGCAACAGGUUGUGUGCCUGUCUACGGUCCACAGGGUCACAAGUUCGAUCCCCGCCCCGACCCAACCAAGGGGUUUAAGAAAUGUUGGUAGUGGGAAACCACGACUUCAAAAUCCCCAGCCGUCACACACAAGGACGGAUAUGUCACUGGAGCCAGUCCACUGAUUAUCAUCAGGAUAGGACCUCGGCUAAUCGACUUGGGGCGCCGACGCCGCUCAAGCGGUACAAAGGCGUAAGAAGAAGAUUUAUUGAUUUUUUUUCCAGUUGUGCAUUAAAAAUAUAUGAAAAGAUACAAAAGAGAGGUGACCGGCCUUUUUUAAUAGUCGGUGAUGCUUUAAUUGAAACUUGUGCCAAACACACUUCUCCGCCUUCCUCUCCUUUCAUGUCGGGAAGAAUUGAAUAUAACGCAGCUAUGGUUUUUUAACAUUUCUGCGAUCGCGGGGAUCGAACUCGUGACCAUUUUGACGGUAGUCAGGCACACCACCUGUUGCGCUAUGCCGCGCUGCCCAAAUUAUCGAUUAAUGGCGAUAUUAGAAUGAAGAUUCUGUGUUUUUUUUUUCUUUGAAUAAAAAAUAGGUCAGUUUUGAAAAUUUUAACGCAAAUGUAAUUUUUUUUUUCUUGCAAAAUAAUGUUUAAUAGGAUUUGAGAACCUUUUUUGUUUUAAGCUAUAAAAAUAGAGGAAUUAGGGAAAUUUUACUUUUCCAAACUAUAGAAAUUGUAAAAAAAAAUAGCCAUUGUAAAAACCUUCCAAAUUGACCGACCUUUCCAGCAUUUCCUAUUCCAAUAAGAGUUCAAGAUUUUCAGAGGAAAAAAUGAGUCUGAUCGACUUAGAAGAUGCUGGAAGUCGUACUCAAAUAGAGCAGCCGUACUGGAUUCAUACGGUAGACGAGGUUGAUUUUGAGUUCGAAAGGUCUUUUUUUUUCAAAUUAGCUUUCUUCUAACAUUCCUUUGACUUAUUUAGAGUGCGUGCAAGAAUGGAAGAACUCUCUGCGCGUCAAAGAAAAAGACUAUCUCGUCCGAACAUGGGCGACGACUUGUUCGAUAACGAACAGAAAGAGAUGCAGCAGAGCAUCGAGCAGAUAACUCAGAUGCUGGCUCACUGCCAGAGGAUGAUAAGGUCAGCUUUCGAAAUAUAUUCCCACUUUUUUCAACUUCAGAAUGCUUUCCACGCAGACAGUGAGAGGAGAAAAAGUUUCAGAACGCAAAAUAAGGAAUAACGCGGCUCAAACUUUGAACUUGACUCUAUCGCAAUUAACUAAUAGCUUUCGGUCGGAACAAGUCAAGCACUUAAGAGACGUCGAGGUGCUUUUUCAAAUGUUGAGCUCUUUUUAUCACAAUUUACAGCAUCGUUCUCGAAAUGUGACCAACUAUCUUGUCACUCACGACACCGAUUGCGAUGAAACCAAUUGGAAUGAUCUCUUAGAAGCCUCCACUUCCGCCGAGUACACCAUGGACGAGUUGCAGUUGUUCAUGAGCAACGACAAAGAAGUCCGCGAGCGCGAAAAGAAAGUCAAAAGAAAAUAAUAAAUGACAUAUUCAAGAGCUUUUUCUAGGUUCUUACUGUCAACGCAUCCAUUGGAGAGCUCAACACAAUUUUCAAGGAAGUGUCGAAUAUGAUAAUUGAUCAGGGAACUAUGAUAGACAGGUGAUAUAGUUAGCAUAAAACAUCUUUUCAUGGCGGCCUGCCGUAUUGAGGUAGUUUAGAAAGUUUUUUUAGGCUAUAAAUUGAAAUUUUAUAAAAGAAGUGGCUUAUCUUGUUACCUUGAAAGAUAGGUUUUGAACAAAAUGCACAACAGAAAUUUUUUUUAAAUUUUUUCGGCUUCGAUACUGACGGCGCAAUAACCGGCCGCCUUACAAGGAAGGUUAUUUUACUCUCCGGCUAGGAAUUGAAAAAAAAAAUUGAUCAUAAAAACUUGAUGUACCAGAUGAAGUUCCUGAAAGUCUCAACCUGCACAAUUCUCCACUUUUUAAAAAAAAAAAGUCAUCAAGAAAUGUCCUGGCCAAUUUUCAAGGAAGUUUUAACCGUGAAGUAAAUGGACCUUCCUUGUUAGCACUGUCAUGCGUGAAAACAGUGGGAAUAUUAGGAUCGACUUCAAUGUCGAGCAGUCGUCGGUCCGGGUGAGCCGAGCCGUCGAUGACGUCAACAAGGCGGAGCGACAUCAACGGCAAGAUAGAAAAAUGCAUUGUAUCUGUUUAUUGACGGUAGCUAUAAUAUUCGUUUUAAUUCUUUUGAUAGCUACGAAGAUUUGAAAAUCGAGCGAGUUUUGUCACAUUACAUGUUGUGUGGAAAAAAGAACCCUUGUCAAGACAAAUCAUUCCUAUAAACUUUUCUCUCUGCCUUUUUUUUCACCUUUUUGCGCUCCAUGGUUUGAAUCCAACCAAUAUUUUCUUUUAUGUAUUAUUAAAAAUGUACUUUUCUAUUGAGACAACAAACGCCCUACUAUUUGAAACAAUUAUUAUCAUCUUUUUUUGAGCGCGUUUGGUGUCUCAAAGUAUACACAUAUAAUAACCUUUUUCAAUACAGUCUGACUUUUUUUCUCAUUCAUGCGAAAUGAAUGAAAUCGACAGAGUACAGCUGAAGAAGCUGCAAGUAGCUCAGCUCAAUUACGAUUAUCUGCAUUCAAACAGGUUUCCCUUUGAAAUUUUUCUUUAGUCUUUGGAUAGUUUUAAAUUAUAGUUGUGUAAAAAAAUUAUUUCAAAGCCGUCAUUUUCUAUCUCAUAGUUUCAUUGUUUCGAAACCCUCCAAACAAAUUGUAUUCAUUGAUUGAAAAAAAAAAAUGAGAAAUUUUUAAAAACUUUUUCCAAUUUUUUCUGUUCAGUUUUCGAAAUGAUGAACAUCGCGAGGGCACUUUCUAUUGUAUAUUUCAUUUUGGGAAUUUUCAGUACUAAUCAUGACACCAUGAUGGGCGCCAUCUCGGAGCUUGUCGACAACUCCCGAGAUGCAGGAGCAACAAAGCUUAUUAUUGACCAAGGUGAGCUCUUUUUAGGUUUGGAAACAGCUUAUAUUGCAGGUGACGAUCAAAUUUCGUUUUUGGACAAUGGCUGCGGCAUGUCAAAGUCGGAGGUAUCAAUCGAAAUUUCAAAAGAAUUCUCUUUGGAAAUGAAAGAGUCGAUAAUUUUGCGCUCGUGGUUUAGCCGCUCCCAUGAUUUUCCGCUCUCAAAUGAUUUUAGUUUCCAAAUUUGUUAGAAAUUCUAUGAGUCCUAGAAGAGUUUUUAUCGGAAUUUUUUGGAAAACUUUUUCGAACUGACUUUUUUCAAUUCUCCUCCGAAUCAACCGACAUUAUUUAUUGCGAAUUUUUUAUAGAAGAGAAAAAAGUUAGCAAAUUUCUAGAAGUCAAGGAUUUUUCUAUUAAUUUAGGAGUUAGAAGCGGUUUUAAACUAGACAGCGGAAAAUGAGAAGCGAAAAAACAUGGGUGCGGUUUGGGAGCGGAAAAAUUGUCGGUAUCACAAAUAUGAAAAACUUUCAAAAAAAUUGAAAAAAAGUACUAUUAAAAUGAAGAAAUUGUAUUAAGAAAAAAAGAUUAACUUUUUCGAACCUUGGAAAUAUAAUUUUGGAUUUAACAAAGCCCGAAUUUUUGCAGGCGGGAGCCAUCAUGGUAUUCGGAAAGAGCGACAAGCUUGGAAAAGAAAAUAUGAUCGGUCGAUACGGAAAUGGAUUGAAAUCGUGAGUGAGACUCCGAAAUGGUCAUUUGAACUCAAAUUCUCAAGGGGAGCUAUGCAUCUGGCCAAUGAUUUCAUUUUGCUCACGAAGAAGGACGGCAUUUGCACUGUCCUCCUGGUUUCUCGCACUUUCUUGGAGAAGCACCAUUUCGGAGAGGUAAAAUGAAUGUUCGAGACGAACUUUUUUCCUGGGAAACUGUUAGAUAUUUUCCGAAAAAAAAUUUCAGUUUUUUCAAGGCUCUGCACAUAGCCACACUCGGAGAAAAGGCUCCAUAGAAAUUUUUCCUUUAGGGUGAUAAAGACUUUUUUCUGCUUUUUUGUUCCAUUUAAUCGGCUUUUAUUCUUUAUUUUUCCACCAUUUCUUGAGCCUCUAAAAUCCGAGAAAAACGGAAGACUCGAUAAAGGUACCCUCUUGUCUGCCUUUCUGCUGCCUUUUUUGAGCCUCUCCUUUUUACCGGUCAUUAUCCACCAUUCCGACCUUUCCCGAGCAGUUCUCUAUUAUUUCUCAUCAGUAGCCUAAGCUCUGAUGAAUAUAACCUAUUUUUUAAAAGCUUCAAUAAAAUUAAAUUUGAGUUUGAAUGGAAGAUUUCUAAAAAUUUCAAGAAUUUUCUUUCUCGCCUUGAAAACUUUAUUAAGUGGAAUUCCUGAGAGAAAGUUUGAACGGCAAAAAAAUGAUCUCCCCUUCCAGGUGUAUUUUCCGCUCCCCUCAUUCACCUCAAAAGACUUCGAACCAGUUUUCUGCGAUCGCAUCGAAGAAGAACGAGUUUUAUCUUUUUUAAUUCAAAAAAGUUUACAAUCAAGUUUUCCAGUUUGAUUUCGAGAUGAAGUUGAUCAUGCAAUAUUCCCCGUUCAAAACCAUCAAAGAACUUUUGAAUAAGUUCAAUAAGAUCCAAGGUGACCACGGUACUCUCAUUAUCCUUUAUGGGCUCAGGUGGGGAAGAUUACUGAAUAAAAUUGCGAAAAUUCUUACAGAAAAAGUUGCGUUGGUUCCCGGGACCUGAUCCCAGACAUGAAGAAUCAUGAUUUGGUUCUGGAGACUGAUGAUCCGUACGUGAUUUUUCAAUUUUCAUUGUAUUUCAUUUUCCUUCUUGAAAACUGUCCCAUUCCAGGCCUUCUGUGAAGAACUCCUUGAGAUGCUUGCUCUCCAUCUUGUACCUGAACCCGACGAUGCAGGUAUCCAAUCUGAAAUAACCUGCUUCAAAAAAUAACCGCUUCAGAUUUAUCUCCUCGGCAAAAAAGUGGAAACUGUGAAGCUGCUGGCUCGUCUCUGCAACCUCUACGAGUACACCCAUUGGUCCAAGAGUUUGAAGUCGUCCGCUGAAGAGGAGUUGCAAAACUGCGAGAAACGCUUGGCAAGAGGUUCCCAACUAUCUCCGCGGAUUCUGAUCAGUUUCGAGUUUUUAGCCAAGGCUCUGAUGAGUUUGGCGCAAACUAAAGUCGGCGAACUCAAUAGAUCAUUCCAACCCCAACAGUUCUUGUUGGACAAAAAACUGAAGAUGAAAAUGAACUUUCUGGAGGAAGAACGUCUGGAAGCCGCCAAAAUCGUCGAUGAGUGGCAAGUCAAACAGAGAGACGCCCAAAAAGUGAGCGUUUCCUCAUGUGCCCCUACGAAACUCACACUGCCCAUUUUUGACGACCUUAAAAAUGACGGCAAUCAAACAAUACAUUUUUUUUUUCAAUGAAUUUCGAGUUUUCUCAAAAAUCUCUAAAGAGUUUAACUUUCAUAGGGCAUGUUAGAUCUUUAAAAUUUUUUUGUCAUUUUGAACGUAAACGAACGUUAAAUUUUUUUCUAAUGUUUUUUUAAUAUUAAAAAAAGUUUUUUUGAACUGGGAAAAAUUUUUUUAAGCGCCUCUAUAGUAGUAGAAUUAGUGGCCACUUAAAUGAAAAAAUUUAGUUUCUUCUUCAAGAGUCUAAAUGGUACUACUAGACCACUUAAAAUGACUGUAUUGGCCACUAAGACGUAAAAGAAUGGCUUCUAUAAAGGUGGUUUUAGUGGCCACUUUAGGGUUAUUUCCAAGUAAUCCUUGAGAAAACUCUUAAGUGGCCACUAGAGUUUUUUCCCAGAACUUCGCAAAUUACGAUCAUGUUCAAGCUAGUAGUUAAAAAUCAUGGGAGAGGAUGAAAUUUGAGCACAAAACAGCCAAAAAUUUACGCGAUUCACGGCUGGUUUAGGCCAGCGAUUUGUUUUGGGCAGUUUCAAUUUUGGGCAGGUUCACUUUUAAAAAAUUGCUUUUAAGAAAGAAUAUCUUUCGAAAAGUAGAGACUUAGACGUCGCUAGACUUUUUUUCACGUGCCUCAAGUCGGUGGUAAAUUGGCUAUAGUUGGUUCCAUAAAAUUUGAGGGAAACUUGGAAAUAUCCUCUUCUUUUAGUUAUCACAAGUUCACUGCUUUUCUCAUCCGAUUAAUUUUGAUUUUCGAUCUAAAAACGCUCUAGAUUUCUUGGUUGCAGAAUAUCCAAAGUCCGAAGCCAGUGACUAUUUUCGUCGGUGUGAACUUGCAUAACAGGUACGGGUUUUCUCGCGAUUUUUUUUUCUAAUCAAUGGAACUUUUUAAGAAGAGAUUACGGUAACGUGUUCUACAACAACGGCAGGCUGAUUAGCGCCUUCGGCAACGAUCAGAAAGAAAAGCAGAAAGACGAGUAAAGUUGCUUUUUUGUUUCCAUUCUCCACUUCACGUCUUCCAGUAAACCCGUGGGCGUCGUGGCGGUCGUCGACAUACCGUACUCUAUCGUUGCACCAAACAUCAGCAAACAAUCGUUCUCAUCCAUCCCGUAAAUUUUUCCUUUUCUUUUUUUCUUUUUUUUGAUUAUACAUCAAUGAGAUAGUACCUCAAGCAUUGCGGUUGCGAAUCGAAUUUGACAACUUGACUUUAGUUUCUCUUGUUCCAAAACUAAAAAGGUUUAUAGAUAAUUCAUGGCUCGCUCGAGUUAUCGAAAAAAGGGUCUUGACACGAAAAAUAAAAAUACAAUGCUUGAUUGGUAGCCACGCCCUUCGUAACAAGCUAGCCUCAAACAUUAGAAAUGAAGAAAAAAAACCCUUUCCGAAAUCGUUUCGGUCUGUCAUCGCGAUUAAUGUUUCUUAUCUCGAACAAAUAAUUUCAACUUGUUUUUUUGAAAAAAAGUAGACAGUAUUUUUUUCGAAAAUGAAUAGAGAAGCCUUGAUUUUUUUAAAUGUUGAAUGUAUUUUUAAUUUGUAAUCAUUUUUUUCACGCAAUAGAUCUCUUGUUCGAGUUAGGACACUUCAAAAGCUCAAAAUAGCGCUUUUUUUUCAUUUUUUGCCAAUUUUGAAGCUUUAAAUAAAAAAAUCAAAAAAACAAGAUUUAUUGCGGGAGAUCUACCUCUUUCUCUGAGAUCAUGAGAUACAUUUAGGCAAAGUUUCAUCAAAAGAUUAACCGAGGGCUAAAAACUCUUGCCAGUAAGACAUAAAGGAAUAAUCCGACGUUGCAAACAUGUUUGAUUUUCAGCAUGAAAGUAUAACCAUUCGAUCCGUCUCAUUGAGAUACGUAAGAAUAUCAUAAAAUUAUUUGGCUAAGGAAAACAUGUUAGUUGAAUUGAAUCAGCGUCGAAAAAUGCAGCGAAAUUUUUGAAAUUUUCGGAGUUUUUUUCUGGCUUUUGCGCACCAUGAAGUUAUUUCUUCUUACUAGUGCCAAAUAAUUUUAUGAUAUUCGUACGUAUCUCAAUGAGACGGAUCGAAUGGUUAUACUUUUAUGCUGAAAAUCAAACAUGUUGGUAACGUCGGAUUUUACCGACAUAAAAUAUGUUUUGUUUUGUUUCAGAGAGUUAAAAAGUUUGGAGAAAACGAUGAACCUACACAUCGAGGACUAUUGCCGACAGACAGAUUUUGACAACUUUGACUGGUUUGAUUUUUUGAUUUUCUUUUUCAAAUACUUGUUCAGGGAAGGUUUCGGGUAUACGCGGGACCGCUUGCGUGAACCGAAAAAGGAAUUAGCCCACAAACGCGAGUCGUUCACUGGAUACUUGACUCAGUGUGGUGAGGAUACUUUUCUCAUUCCAUUUUUCAACAUUUUCAACUUCAAAUAUCUUUUUUGGGACAUUGUUCAAAACCUUCCAGCAAAAGAUUAUACAUUGCAGACCACUGUUUCAAAUGGCGAAUCCUCAGAGAAAACCCCGGCCCGGAAUUCUGGAUCUGCUCCGGCCCGUUCAACUGCCGCAUGGAAGAAAAACCAGUCCCAGUUGGUUUCUAUUCAUUUUAAUCCAUCUGAAGUUCCUCUCGCCUUUUAAAAAACCUAUCUGUUGCAGUAAUUGAAGGAUUUGCAUAUUUGAUUUUAGCCAACACACGAAUCUGAACUUUUUAAGUAGCUCACAAGGAAGGCCAUUUCAUUUUGUGGCUAAGAAUUUCCUAAAAAAAAACUUCCAGAACGCUCCGUGAUAUAACAGAAGAAGAUUCCGAAAAUCUUUUCCUGCAAAACUUUCUCGUUUUUGAGAAAGCCCCCUUAAAGUCAAAAAACACCCUCAAAGCCCGUAAAAAUUGUUAUUUUACGGCUUAUUUCUCGAAAACUAGAAAAUAGUACAGGCUAAGACUUUCCAAAUCUUCUUAUAGUACAUCCAGAUGUGUUCUGACCGAGUUUCAGGAAGCUCCCGAUCGCAAAGUGGAAUGAUCUUCCUUGUUGGUCCCUUUCUUAUUUCAUUCUUAUAAAAGGCUCAGUUGAGCAAAAAAGAGCCGAACUGCAAAAUGUCCAACGGUUAGAAACAAUUUUCAGGCAAAGAAGGCCCAGCUCAACAAAACACCUGCCAGAAGAAGGGCCGCUCCGCCGCCAACGCGUCAGCCUGAGCCGGAAGUACCAGAAGAACUAUUUUGAGAUUAUUUACUCAUAACGUUCUCAGCCGGUUGAAGAGAUUCGUCACAACAGACGUCGACAGCCUCGCGAAUCGUACGCAGGACGUCCUAUCGAGGAACAGCUCAAAGUUUUUUCUGUAUCGCAAAAGCGCGCUCCUGAGGUAAGUUCUGGUCCUAUUUGUCGUCUUUUUCGGUUUUCAAAGGUUUAGUCGAAUAGAAAAACCUUGCUGGAUUUUGUGAAAGAGUAGAAGCCUUGAAAGACUCGAAAUUAAAAGACUCUACCCCGGACGAAGUUGAAAAUUACAUUUGGAGGCUUUCUAAAUAUGUUCCUGAAAAGUUGGAAAAAGGUCCUUUUACGUUGUCUUUUGCGUUAUUUUUUCCGUUCUUAUGUAUCAUCUUCCUUUUUAUCCGCCCUUUUUUGAGUCUUUAUGUUCUAUAAAGAUGAAAGACCCUUUUUUUCUAAUAUGUUGCUCUUAUUUUCUGAUUUUUUUUUACUUUCGCUACCAUUUUCUGAGUUUUGGCUGAGUCGGCAAUCCGCAAGAAUUAGAGAAAUUGUAAAAUAUUUCCUAUAUGUUCAACUUUUUUUUUCUCCAAAUCCCAACAAUGUGACUAUUGCAAGAAAAAAACUUUUGAAGAAACUUCAAUUCUGGCAAAUUUCAAGUUCUUUGUUGCUUAAACCAUCGUUGAAUGUUGAACAAAGCUUCACGAUGUUAUGAUUUAAAAGUUAUCUCUUUUUGUCUCUAUUUAUAUUUUUGUGUUGAACGAAAGUUUCAGUUGUAGGAUUUCUCUUCGAUAACCAGAUCUCAAAAGCUUUUCUCAAAAAAAGACCUUUAAGGGUUCCCUUAAGAUUUUUUCAUUCCAUUUUGCGUAAACAUUUUGGGAGACGAAACUGGAUUACAGCAAGAGAAUGACAUCAUCAUGCUCUCGGACGAUGACGAACCUCCAAGGGUGCAAAGAAAGAAAAAGCGACAGAAUCACCUCGUUCGUCCGGAAGUUUUCCAGUCUCCACAAGAAAUGGUUCUUUUUUAUUUCGUUUAGAUUUAUUUUUAGAUUAAGGAAUUUCACUGUAGGUUUUAUUGAAACUUUUUAAGUUUGUAUGAAAAGGUAAAAUCACAUAAGAAAUAUUCCCAGGGCACAAGCGGAGUAAUCGCUCCUCGAAAUCCUUUUUAAGUGAUAAUUAGAUAAAUUGAAGUGAUCCCUCAAGCGAACUUUUUUUGUUUGCGUCGAAAGUGAUUCCGCGAAAUUCAAAAUAGCGUUAAUGAGUUAAAACGAAGUAGUAGCAAUAAUCGCCUACAAGUUAGAAUAUCUACAUAAUUGAAACUUUUUGAUAUAAUCUGUUCAGAUCUUGAAUGUAAAGCAGCUAAUGAUCCUUUAAUAAGGCUGCAUUUUUGACUUCUUUUUCUAUCUUUUAGAUCGAAAAAGAACAAAAAUCGUCCCGCGCGGUAAAACAUCGACGCGAAAAAUUAACGUCUCAGCAGGGGCGGAGUCAGCUAAUUGACAUUUAAAGUCUGAACAGACUAUAGCUGCUUUAAAUUUGAAAUCUAGACUGUAUAAAAAAAGUUCAUUUUUUAAAGUUUUUCAGAAAGUUUUGGGGAGCAGCUCUCAAGAGGAAAAUCAGGAUCAAGACGAACUUGAAGUUCAUGAAGAAGAUCCCUUGGUUUGUCUUCAAUCCAAAUGUGAUAAUCUGAAAUUUUCUCCAGGGGGACGGCGAACGGGAUGACGAACUACACACGUAUCAAGACUAUUCCGGCAAGUUCGAAACAGAAACAGAUCCCGACAGUAUGUUUUUAUUCAACUUUAACACAAGUUCUCAGUUCUGUAAGUAGAUGAACUACAGCCAAUCAUUGGUACAACAAUUUCAAGUUUCCGUUUUGAGGGUUGAAGUUAUUGCCACAGUUGCUAGACAUAGUUUGUAAACUUCUAGGGAAGUUACUGUGAGGCUCCUCCACCUUACAGGGUUAAGACAGGUCUUUUAGUGAAAAAUUCCAAAUUUUUUUCCCUAGUUGACGGAUCGGCUUCAAAUUUUUUUUUAUAACACAGAGGACGGUAUAUUAAAGCUUUGAUAUAGUCGAAAAAGUUUUCUUCUACUUAGAAAAAAAAUUAUUUUUCUCGAAAGUCGUUGAUUUUUUUUUUCCUUUUUUGGGCGGUUGGGACUCCAAACAUAGCAUAAUUGUAUUUAAUAAAUCGAAGCUCUAGGCCUUUCGAAGCUCUAGCCAUUUUCAAGUUUUUGAGGGGCGCAUUUGGUCGCCUGCUCUUUGAAGUUUUUGAAUACAUUUUGAAGCAUUUUCUGAGAACUUUCAGACGGAAUGGGCGGUGCGAAUUACAUUGCAGCGAUGAAUCAUUACAUGGUAAACGAAUAUUGCAGCGAAAAUUGUGAUGAAGUUGUUUUCCAGGGACAGGCCCACCAGCAUUGCAAUUCCCUCCGGGCGAUCUACCGUAAAUUGGCGAUGGAAGUCAGUUCAUGUCCCUUUUCCGUAUUUCCUCUGUUUUUCAGGGUCUUACUGAAUUCGAAGAUUUCGUCCACCUUGAUGACAAAGAUCUCGCCAACUACGACAAUGCGGCGAAAAUAACAGAAGGGAUCGACAAACUGACGCAAAGGGUUCACAGUCUCGCUUUGAUGGAAUAUCUAGGACUACAGGAUCUCCAAAUUGAUUAGGAGAAUUUCGAUAUAAAAUGAGCUUUGGAAGUGAAGCUUUUUAGCAGGGUACAUACAUGGAAUAGACAGUCAAAACGUAAUUUUCGCUCUAUUCAAGUUUUUGAAUCUUUCAUGACGUGCAUUUUCGAAAAAAAAAAAAGUAUAUUAAAGUUGCGGAUCGCUGAAAAGAGUCAAUGUAUACAACGAGAAACGUCAAAAUUUGUUUUUUAAAGUUUUCUUUCGUUUUUUAAACGUUUGUCACGAAUCGAAGCAGUCUGACUUGUCUGCGUCCUCUUCUCUCUCUCCAGACAGGACACGUUUUUUUUUUGGCAAAUUUUGGACCUAAAACGAUUUUUCCUGACUAUUCCAUGUAUGUGCGCCACUCAUUUUAUCAGAACUUUUUGCGCCUAAAUUUGCUCCAUUCUGGAAAUUCCAUCGAUUUUAAAUGUAGAAAACCGAUCCAUUACUAAUCGUUAACAGUCUAUCCAUUAUUAGUCAAUUAAACGUUGCUUCACCUUCUCGGCGUGCUCUAUCGCACUUUGUCCUAACAAGUUCCAACACUUCAAAGAAGUUACUUUGCUGGCUAAUGGGAAUUUGAAGAGUUUUUUUAUCGGAUUCAAAAAAUGUCGCCGACCAAAAAUGUCUUGUAGGAAUUUUUUUUUUCUCGGCACAGUAUUGUUUUAACUUUGAAAUUUCCGACAAAGAGCUGUUCAUAUAAAUCUUCUGAAGACCCGUUCAUCUCAGCUCCUAACUAUUGGGUCUAGUCGUUAUUUUUCUUUUCUCUGACUUACUCUUUUCUCUGAUUAACACUUCUCAAGUGUGUUGAUAGAUUUAGAUUUAGAUUGUUCGUAUAACGGACGGUACAGUUUGAGGGAGAAUUAUUCUCGACACGAUUUCUGACUCACACAUUUUUUUCGUUUGACUUUUUGUCAAAAAAUGAGAUUUCUUGAUAUUUUUUCAACUUACCAAAAUGAUAAAAAUUUAUAUUCUAAAGGGUCAACGCUGAAAAAAAUACUAGCUACAGUUCAAAAGUAACGAUUUUCGAAUUUUUUUUUUCUGAAGUUAUCAAUUUUGUCAGAACAAAAAAAAAAAAUCAAAAAUAGAAUUCGAAGGAUUUAAAAAAUGAAGGAAGAAGAAUUAAUUCAGGAGCUGGGAUGAACUAAUUGGCCUUCAAGGGGAAAGUGCGUUGGAGCGCGCCUUGAGGGGUUACUGAAAUUAAAUUUGAGCCAAAUUAUUUCCGGUGGAUUGGAAUGGCAACAGAGAAGAACACGAAACCAAAUCAAAACUAGUUUUUCGCACAUUUUAAAAUUUUUUUAGGUUUCACACAUCUAUUGAAAAAAAUCAAAAAAAGGUUCAAGGAAAAAAUUUCUUAAUUUAAAUUUUUCUUUAUCACCUUACUAAAAAAAGUAUCUACAAUAUUAAAUUUUUUUGAUGCCGUUUCAUAAGUUCGAAAUUCGAUAAGGUCAACGUUUCUGCCAGCUUUUUUUUCAAUAUAAUAAAUCAAUAAAUAAGUUUGAUAGACUAUUUUUGAAUUGUGGAAAAUCAAAAAAAAAAGUUUACGACGUAUUUUGCUGAUUUCUGCUUUUCUAGGACUUGAUAAAAUGCUUUUGGAAAUUUUUUGAGUUGUGUGUCUGCGUAUCUCUGACUAUGAGUUUAAAAAAAAAUUGAUUUCUUGACAAGUAAGAUUGUUUUAGAAGAAGAACUGCACCACGGGCCUCCGUCGACUGUUGAAACUUCUGAACAAAAGAGUUUUCUAUAUUUUCAGUGGAUCUGAAAACUUGGGAGGAUUUUAGGGAUGGAUCGAAGUCAGGGAACAGUUGGAUGGUUUCGACGAGGAUCUUUUGGAAGGAUUUGAACUCGAAAAUGAGUUUCGCGUUUUUUGGGAACGUAUUCAUUUGCAGGUACAUUUUCUUGGUUGAAGGGUCAGUAAAAUUGAAGUUUUAGUCAAAAAAUGAGGGCAACAAUACAGGUCUCAAAGCGAAACCUGGUAUACUAUUUUCUGGCAGAAAGAAAACUGGCAUUAAAAUUCUAUCAUUUUGAUUCAAUAUAAUUUUUCAGCCCCUCGCGGAGGCUAAGAGACACGACGCCCGCCCUUUGUGGACGCUUCCCAUGAAUAAUUUGAGACAAGUUUCGGACAAUCUCGUCAAAUUCGUUCAGCUUUUCAUCGAGGCUCACAAGGACAAUCCAGAGAUGCAUGUUGUAAGAUCCAAGCUCCUUCACCCUAUUUUUCAGCUUCAGCAUUAAUUGAUAAAAGAUGACAUUACAUUUUCAGAGAGCAGCCGACGUGACUCCAGACAACGUGGCUCAUUUAAUGAUGAUGGCGAUGAGCGCAGUCAACGGAUAUCUUCUGUGA